GGAUACGACAUUCGAUAUUUGUUUUAAAGCAGAUAGUUUGUGACCCUACGCAUGUCAAAGAGGAAGCAAGAUGUUGAACGUUAUUACACGCUGAACAAUUUUUGGAACAUUUCUACUGGUUGAACCGUUAACUGCGGGUUUUUCCGAAACGAUCUGCCGAACCCAAACCAGAUUGGAUGUGAUUUAGCCCUAUUCUGGUGGGCGACAUUUGUAAAUACGAGCCAAAUGAUGUCCGGAAAGCAUUUCAAGGCUCAUGAAGUCCGUUGCUGUAUCAAAUACUUCAUAUUUGGAUUCAAUAUAAUAUUUUGGUUACUUGGAGUGGCGUUCCUUGGCAUAGGGCUUUGGGCAUGGAGCGAGAAGGGUGUGCUCUCCAACAUCUCGUCCAUCACAGACCUGGGAGGCUUUGACCCCGUCUGGCUCUUCCUGGUGGUGGGAGGAGUUAUGUUCAUCCUUGGCUUUGCCGGCUGCAUCGGAGCACUGAGGGAGAACUCUUUCCUGCUCAAGUUUGUAUGUUCUCCUUUUUAUGACAUAACAUUGGAAGUAUUUUUCCUCCCCCU